CUGAAUUAUACAUUUUUAUUAUAGAGAUUAAAAAUAGAUUAUAUAUAAAUAUAUGUAAGCGGAUACGGGGAUUAAAAAUCUGAAUUAUAGAUGCAGCCAGAACUGAAAUUGAAAAAAAAAUUGUUCCUACAAUGUACAAUAACAAUAAGCUGUUUAUAAUGAGUAAUGACAGAUAAUAAUCAUUAUUGUUCUGUCAGAUUUGACCUGUGGUUGUACAGUGAAACUGAAGUGCAAACAUAAAUAUAUAGGCCUAAUACACACUUGUAUCUGUCUCUUUGUCUGACCCAUAUGAAAACACAUCAGGGCUUCAGCCUUUACUGUCCAUCAGACUUUACUGUAUUCUCAUAAACUCACUAACUGUGGCUGUGAAAAUGAAUUGAUUACCUUUACUUAAAUGAAUUAAAGUUUUUACACACACUUUUAUUCAGUUCAUUCAAAAUAAAUCAGUUUAGCUGGUUACGGUCAAAUUAAUUUACUCUAGUAUGUUAACUUUAUUACAUUAAACAGUUUCUUUUUUAUUAAUUUACCAACACAUAAUUUUCUUUUGUUUAUUAUUAUACACAAUGUAUAAUGCAGCAAUAAGAAAAGCCUGGUGAUUAGCACCAAACACCGAGUGUCCACAGCCUGAGUAUAGGCAACACUCCUCAAAUAAAUUACAGAAACUCUUCUAAAUGUCCAGCAUUACUGAACAUUAAACUACCAACAUCUUUCCCUUUACUGAAAAUAACACUUGAUCCCUAAUGCAGCCCCUUGCAAAGUAUGCUGGGAACUACACAUGUCCUCCAUUUUCAGUCAAAUUUAACUUUAAUCCUAUUCAACCCAUUCAUCAAGGACUUCAGGAUUAAUGAUUUUAAUCAAUAGAUCUACUAGAUCGUCUGAGGGAUUCGACUGAAUCAAGAUGCUGCUGAUCGCUGAAGCUCUUCUCCUCAUUUCAGCUGUUCUAGCACAGGAUAACAGAACUGCUGCUGAUGAAAGACCGAUAUAUCCAUUGGAUAUGGCAGAGAAUUCAGUUGACGACAAAUUUUACUGGUGUACAAAGAAAAUGGAACAUCGAGUGCAGACAGAAUUUCUGAAGAGGGAAUUGUCUAACUCUCCAAAAUUUGCAGAAGCUUGGAAAAGAGCUGAACAGAAUCACACAGCACCAGAAGAUCAUUUGUCAAAGAAUCAUUCAGUUGCCAUUUAUGCAUACACAGGUGAUGGGGUACAUGGGGAUUUCAACAGAGCUACUCGUAUUGGCAAACAAAAAUAUAAAAAUGAGACAUAUACUCACUAUUCACUUCACUUCUGGUUAACAGAAGCGAUACAGAUUUUGAAGAAAACCCAAACUAACUGCUUUAACACUUACCGUGCUACUGAUGUUCGAUUUGAUGUUAAGGCCAAAGAAGUUCGUUUUGGCCAAUUUGCUUCAUCCUCCCUUGAACGUAAAUUAACAGACGUUUUUGGAAAUACAUCUUGUUUUGAAAUCAGAACUUGUUCAGGUGCUAAUGUGACAAAAUAUUCAAGUGUUCCUCAUGAAAAAGAGGUGCUGAUUCCUCCAUAUGAGACAUUUAAAGUCAUUGAUGUGAAGCAUAAAGCAGAGCAGAAAGAUCUCUGGUGUGAAACUGUGUUCAUUUUGGAAAGCUAUAAAACAAGAAGUUUCCUGAACUGUGCAGUGGCAAACAACAGUGGAGAGCAAGUUGUCUUUUUUAAUGGUCUGUUCAUUUUAACUUUUCUUUUGCUACGCGGUUAGCUACUAAUCAGAGAAAUACUGCAUGUUUCUUGUUAAACAUCAAACUGAUUGUCAUGCUUUAUUCAAUCAACUGUUUGGAAAAAUCAAAGCAGCUGAAGGUUUGGAUUCUGGAAUCCACUGCCGCUUCAAUAUAUAUCUUUUGAGCGAUUUAUAAUCAAGUUAUUAAUCAACAUUUGUCCUAAUAUUUGGAUGAAUUAUUCAAUGUAUGUUAAACCAUUUAUUUUCCUUUUCAUCUUCAAACACUAGAGAAUAAUGAUGUAUAUUGUCUGUACCUCUCACUGAGAGAAAAGUUCAACUUAUCUGUAUGUUUUGUAGAAGUUUAACCAACUUCACCCUUGGAGAAGUUGUGAAUCAUGUGUAUGUGUAGGUCCUGUAUUGGUAUCAAUAGAUAAUUGGCACUCUUCUUGAAGCCUGCAGAUGCCUUUUCAUGACUUAACAGGACAUCCUGUGCCUAAGUUCAGGGUCCGAUUGUCAGCAUCGUGAUGGAUGGAGAUAUGUUUCUGACUAUCUGUCCAUGUGUGGAGGAUUACUAAUUUUGUCUAUUUUUCUUAGCCAAUCAGAAUCAUUCAACCUGAAGUAAUGACGUAUUCAGUGGACUCUGUUAGAGUAUAAUUAUUGUGGAAAU